UGGUAUGACUCAUUACGUUCAUGUUAAGACUGGUUAAUUGUUAGUGCGGUUCUUUUAUUAACAGUGUUUUUUAUUAAUUAUUUCAAUUUUGUAGUCUAUCUGUUUUACUUACCAAACAAUUUUGUGUUGAUAACUCAAGACUUUAUUUUUGGAUACUUCGUGAAUUAUUUGUGUUGAAUUUCUUAAGAAUGUUUUCUGAGCCGCAUCUUAAUUAGAUAGAAAAGUAUUUACAAUGCUGAUUUUGAAUGAUAACAACUUGAUUAUCUGUAAAUUAAUUAAUUCACUGAUAAAUCAUGGACGAAGCUAUUCAACGUUCAAGUAUUCAAAUUUCAUUAUUACCUAGACGCUUGAAUUUUAAUGACUCUAAUGAAUCCUCUCCAAGUCACAAUAAUACAAAUUUGCCAGAAUCCCCUAAAACACCUCCAAAUCAUGGACAACUUAUACCGCCUAUGACACCUGCUUGCCGAAAACAUCGUCCCUCUAUUCCAUUAAGGUUUGCUGAACAUUUAGCUUCUCCUUCUAAAGCUGAUUCUCCACAAAAAGAUGAAAUCUCAUAUUCUCCUCCUAUUAAACGAAUUUGUUUACUUAAAUUGGAAGAAGGAAUUUAUGAAAGAUCUCAUACUUCAUUAAAAUGUUCUAGGAUCUAUGAACACAAAACUGCUCACAAUUCAUUCAAUGAUUCUGGAUUACCGAAAGUAAAACAGUUUAGUAUAAAUCCAUUUUCUCCUGCUGCUACUGAUUUGCGUUCAAAAUGGAUGAACAAUAAUAACUGUAGUAAAAACAACUAUAAUAAUAAUAAUGAGCCAUCACUAUCCGAUAGUUGGGCUAAAGAUUUAACUAAUAUUGAGCUUUCUGAUCUUGAAGUUUCAAGAUACUUCAAAGAAUUUAAAAUUGACAAGCUUAUAGGCAAAGGUGACUUUGGAGAAGUCUAUAAAUGUAUUAAUAUAUUAGAAGGGAUGCCUUAUGCUAUAAAAAAAACUCUCAAAAAAGUUGUUGGUACUAGACGUGAAAAUUAUGCCCGUAAAGAAGUAUAUGCAAAUGCAGCUUUGUUUAGCCAUCCAAAUAUAGUUGCUUAUCAUUCAGCUUGGAAUGAGAGUAAUUCAGUUUUUAUUCAAUUUGAAUAUUGUGAUGGAGGUAAUUUGGAAGAUUUAAUUUUCACCAAAAACCACAAAUUUAAUGAUGGCGCUUUAGAGCGACUACUUUCUCAUUUAGCCAGUGGUCUUCAUUAUAUGCAUAUGUCAAAAAUGGUUCAUUUAGACAUAAAACCAGCAAACAUUAUGAUUAGUCACUUUCCUCAUUCGAAAGAAGAUGAAGAAAAAGUUGAUAGAGAUAUUAUAUACAAGAUUGGAGAUCUAGGCCAUGUAGCACAUUUAGAUAGUUUAUGUGAUGUCGAAGAUGGUGAUGCAAGGUAUUUACCUAAAGAAAUGCUCAGUGGUAAAUAUGAUAGUUCAACAAUUACUAAAGUUGAUAUUUUCUCAUUGGGGAUGACAGCCUAUGAAGCCAUCUCAGGAUCUAGAUUACCAAGUGAUGGACCCGAAUGGCAUUAUUUGAGAGAUGGUUUUGUUCCUGAUAUAGAUGGUUUCAGAUUAAGUUUGUUAUUAGCAAAUAUGAUAGAUCCACUACCCUUAAAUCGACCUAAUGCAAUUGAUGUUUUCAAGAAUGUUACCUUUAAAGCUACAGAACUAGCUGAAUUAUCAACAAUACAAUACAAAAGAGACUAUUUAGCUAGUUGUUCAACAACAAAAUCUACUCAAUGUUCUCCAAUUAAAAAAAUUGGACUAAUUCCAAAACGAGCCCCUGUUGCGCUAAAUACAUUGCAUAAAAGGAGGUUAGUUGGACAUAAAUCUCAACGUUAUUCUUCCUUUUGAAGAAAAAAGUUAUAACUUACUAUUUACUGUCUCCUUAAUGUAAAUAUGAAUUAGAUGAACUCUGUGAUGAUAAUUUUAAUACUUUUUUUUUUUUUUUUUUUACAUACACAAAUUAUUAUUAUUAUUUUUUUUUUAUAAAAAAAAAAAAAGAUUGCGAAGGUGAAACUGUGAAUUUUUGGAAUUUGUUAGUGAUAUUAACACUUUUUUUUAAGUUUUGCUGUCUAUUUAUGUUAUUAGCAGCUUGAUAAAUUAUCUCUUCAUCAUAAUGCCUAUUUAUAUUUUUAUUGUAGUUGUUAUCUUUUUUAUUAAUUUAAUUGUGCAUCAUUUACAGUUUUAGAUUAAAAAUAAAUUAUUUAAGUUUUAUUUUAGUAAUGGAGGCUUUUUCAACCAAUAUAAUAUUUUGUUAAAUGUGUUCAUAUAUCCACAUUACUUGAAUUGUUUUUACAUAAAAUUAAAACAAAAAAUGUACUUCAUUAAUAAAUUAACUAAUUAUAGUAGUUUGUUUAGUAAUACAUACUAUUAUAAUAAGUUAGUAUAUUUUUAU